AUGUCUCUGUGGCCACCGCGAUUCACAUCUCUAACAUCGGGCUCGUCGGGUAAUGCGAACAGGCCGCCUCCUGCAUCCCCUCCACGAGUCCCUCGAGAUCAGCAACCUCCGCUUUCCUCUCGACCCGCCCAGUCCUCGAGUCCACGACAGCAACCACACACGCGCGCUGUCAGCCACCCGUUACCGAAGAUCUUCGGCAAGAAGAAAAGUGCACCCGUCUUAAGAGACGUCCCUCUCGAUGAACACUUGGUCCCUGUGCUGGAUGCUGGUCCUUCCACAGUGCCUACACCGGACAAGCCCAUUGGAGGUCGCAAGAGAGACGAAGAGUUGAUCACGCGGCAAUGCAUGUGCUGCGACAACAAAGUGCGCUUUCCGAGUAAUCUCAACGUCUUUCGUUGCACAAGCUGCUUAACCAUCAAUGAUCUUGAGCCCUAUGUCAAAGAGCCUCGUGACUCCAAGUCUUCAACAUAUCCGGCUCAGCAGCAGGGUCCGCGACCCAUCCUCCCACUGUCCGUCGAGCGUAGUCGAGCUAUAAUCGAUCGUUGUCUAAUCACCUACCUUGAAGCACGAUGCCGAAGAGGCGACGCUCCAACCUCACCAAAGGCCUCGGGCCUUGCAGAUCCCUUUGCAUCCCCAUCGCCGAACAAGAGUCCCUCGAGACCCAGGACCGCUGGCUCAUCAUAUACUGCUCCUCACAUGCCUCCAGUCCCCCCUAUGCCACCUCUGCCGCCAAACAGAAGACCUCCUCCACCACCUGGAUUUCAUUCUGCGCCACUUCCUAUACGUCCUACACCUCCUGUUGGUGACAGCCCUGCUUCUCAGCGUUAUGAUCGCGUCAAGGUCAUUUUCAAGCCGCUUGAAGACUAUAUGCUUAGCAGUUUUGGCGAUUACAACUGUCUCAAUACUUGUUUUAGUACUGUACGGCAUCCGGUUACAACACGAAGGAGGAGCGAAAGUGCCAUCAAGACCCCUCCCAGUGAGGCAGUCGAAACUUUUACUCAAAGUCCGAUAGACUCAUUCUCCCAGCUCGAUGCAAAGACGCUGCUUCUUGGUGAUUUUGCAGAGAAUGGCGACUGGUGGACAGGCAGAGUCGCUCGCAAUACGUCCGACAAGUCCGACAAGCGCGGCCACCAUAGCUCAGAAGGCAGGCGCUUGACUACUUCGAGGUCUCCUCACAUCGACUGGGAUCAGCUGUCACAUUGGUACGACGUUAUUCACACUGCUGGGUCUAAGUGGCGCGACAGAGUUGCAAACAUCAGAAAUGUUGAUCAGGAGAAGGUGCACGAACACAUCCGCGGUCCCGUCAAUGCUAAGGAGAUUGAUGAAGACAUCGCAGAAGCCCGUCUGCAUGCCGAGCGAGCCUUGUUAAAGAUUACUGAAAACAUUCUGAAGCGACCCACACGACCUCUAACUGAACCAGACAACAUUCGCUUCUUGCUUAUCAUAUUGGCCAACCCGUCUCUAUACCCUUCAAUGCGGACAGCAGGCAAUCGCCCACCAAUGCCACGCAGUCCUUCUGGGCUCAAGAGCUCAACACUAGCGCCACCUUCUUCUUCUUCUUCUAAGCUUGCAUCUCCACAGAAGCUUUCAGGCACUCCUGCUAGUAACGAGCCAGGACAGCAUGCUGGUAUACUCAAGCGAAUCUUUGGGUUAAUCGCUAAUUCUUCCGAGAAUUGUCAUCGUUGUCUUACCCAUUGGUUCAGUAGACUACCCGAGCAACAGUUCGUCAAGAUGGUUGACCUGGUUGCGAGGUUCGUAACGUAUCGACUUUCGCGACGAAAGAGUCGACCUCGCAGUGUUAUACCUCAAGAUGGUGGCCUCAUUCCUGAUUUGUCUGGAUCUGCGAGAAACACUUUUACUCAACUCCAGUCAGCGACUGGACUGAGUGGUAGCGGCAGUGGAGCUGGUAGAAACAAAAUGCCACAAAUGGAGACGAUAAGUGUAAUUGACUACAGCGAAGAUUGGCAGCUGAAGGCCGCUGCCAAAAUCAUGGCAAUGUUAUUUGCUGCGAACAACACAUGGCAGAUGAAGAGAUCUGGCCUCACUCCUGCUCAAACAAGCAUAAAGUCUUUGUCCAAACCACGCACGAAGAUGCACGGACAGUUGUUGCCUACCUCGGACUUCUACAACACACUGCUCGACUAUUACGAUCUGGUUGCAGACUUCAAAGCCUGGGAGUCCAAGAAGGCGAAGUUCACCUUUUGCCAAUAUCCGCUCUUCCUAUCUAUGGGUGCGAAGAUUCGACUCAUGGAGUACGAUGCGCGUCGGCAGAUGGAGAUCAUGGCUCGUGAGGCCUACUUCGACUCUGUCACUACACGCAGGUCAAUCGAUGGCUACUUCCACCUACGUGUAAGACGUGAGUGCAUGGUUGACGACAGUCUAAAACAAAUCAGUGGUGCUGUAGGAUCUGGUCCAGAAGAACUGAAGAAAGGCCUCAAAGUUCACUUUACCGAUGAAGAAGGUGUCGACGCUGGUGGUUUGAGAAAAGAGUGGUUCCUAACAGUGGUCAGGGAUAUCUUUGACCCUAACCAUGGCAUGUUCCUCUAUGACGACGACUCUGGCUUCUGUUACUUCAACCCAUCUUCCUUCGAGACCAGCGAUCAGUACUAUCUUGUUGGAGCUCUUCUUGGACUCGCGAUCUACAACUCCACCAUCCUUGACGUAGCAUUACCGCCAUUUGCCUUCCGCAAACUGCUCGCUUCGGCCCCUCCCUCGUCUCAGAAUCCUGCUCUUCCGUCGAGCAGUAGAACUCAAGUGAGCUAUACUCUUGAAGAUCUGGCAGAAUGGCGGCCUGCAUUGGCCAAGGGUUUGCGCGACCUUCUCGAGUUCGAUGGCGACGUUGAAACAACCUAUUGCAGAGACUUUGUUGCAAGUAUCGAGCGGUAUGGUGCAGUAACAGACAUUCCACUCAAAAAUGGCGGCGAAGCUAUACCAGUCACCAACGAGAACCGCCGCGAGUAUGUCGAUCUCUACGUGCGCUAUCUGCUUGAUCAAUCUGUGUCCAGGCAGUUUGAGCCAUUCAAGCGUGGCUUUUUCACCGUGUGUGCUGGUAAUGCUCUUUCACUUUUCCGUGCUGAAGAGAUUGAGCUCAUGGUUCGAGGUUCUGAUGAGGCUCUUGAUGUCGACUCUUUGAAGGCGGUCGCUGUGUACGAAAACUGGCGCGAGGUUUCUCCACCUCACAAACCUCUGUCCAACCCUGCCGAUCAAGUGCCGGUCAUAUCCUGGUUCUGGGAUUGUUUCAAAAGUGCUACGCCCGAAGCACAACGCAAGCUUCUUGGAUUCAUCACAGGAUCCGAUCGUAUACCCGCUGUUGGUGCCACAAAUCUUGUUCUUCGCAUCGUCUGUGGCGGCGAUGGGACUGCUGGCCAAGGACAGAGCCGAGGCAAGGAUAAAGAGAGGUUCCCUAUCGCGCGAACAUGUUUCAAUAUGUUAGUGCUUUGGGGCUACGAGAGUAGGGAAAAGCUCGAAGAGAAGCUUUGGCGUGCUGUAUCAGAGAGCGAAGGGUUUGGGCUGAAGUGA